AUGGUUACAAUCAGGGGCGUGGCCGGCCCGAAGGUGGCGUCGCUGUCCGGGAGCCGCCGAGUCCGCCGGCUGCCCUCGCUGGGCCGCGUCGCGGUGGUGGUGGACCAGGGCUCGGGCUUCACCAAGGCGGGCUUCGCGGGCGAGGAGCAGCCGCGCCUGGUACUGAAGAGCUCCAGCCUGGUGCCCAGCUGGGACCGGCCCGUGCUGCCCGGGGCGCCCGGCUGCGAGCUGGCGGGCGGCGUGGCGCGGGCGCACCCCAUCAAGCACGGCGUGGUGGUGGACUGGGAGGCGCUGGAGGGGCUGUGGGAGCGCCUGCUGGUGGGCGGCCUGCGGGUGUGCCCAGAGCAGUGGCCGGUGCUGGUGAGCGACUCGCCGUCGGCUCCACCCGCGGGCCGCGAGAGGGUGGCCGAGCUGCUGUUCGAGGCCCUGGCAGUGCCCUCGUGCCACCUGGCCAGCACCGCGUUGCUGGCGCUCUGCUCUGUCGGCGCGUUCAGCGGGCUGGCCUUGGAGGCGGGUGUGGGCGUGUGCCACGCCACACCCAUCUAUGCGGGCCACUCGUGGCACGAGGCCACCUUCCGGCUGGACGUGGCAGGCAGUACUCUGUCGCGCUACCUGCGGGACCUGCUGGUGGCAGCCUGCCCCGAUCAACGACUGCAUGCCCUACCCCGCAAGGUCAUCACACAGCUCAAGAAGCGCUGCUGCUAUGUGUCGCUGGACUUCGAGGGUGACCUCCGUAACCCUGCCUGCCACCAUCCUGUCAGUUUCUACUUAGGCAAUGGGUGCUCUGUCUGCCUCAGCAGCGAGCGCUUCCGCUGCCCGGAACCUAUCUUCCAGCCGGGUCUGCUAGGCCAGGCUGAGCCAGGACUGCCCACCCUGGCCUUCCGGGCACUGCAGAGGAUGCCUGCAACACUACGGACACGGCUGGCCAACACCGUGGUGCCGGCCGGUGGCUCCAUUUUCCCUGGCUUCACUGAGCGCCUGGAGAUGGAGCUGGAAGCCCAGUCGCGGCAUGGUUAUGGGGCACUGCAGCCUCGCCUGGUGGCCAAGCCCGGGCGUGGCACAGCAGUGUGGACAGGAGGCUCCAUGGUGGCCUCACUGCGUUCCUUCCAAUGCCACUGGAUGACCCGGGCCAUGUACCAGGAAUGUGGCUCCAGGCUGGUGCACGAAGUGUUCAACUGA